AUGGCAACACUUGACUAAAAAUAAUCUAAACAGCAAUCAAACUAAAGUUCCCAAAAUCGAAGUCUUCUUAACAAAAAUGCAUUGAUGGUUAAUAACGUUAAAUUGAACAAUGAAUAGGAUAUUUAGUUGAAGAUAAAAAAUAUCAGAGAACAAGUCCUUAUGGAAAAAGCAAAAGAACUAUAAAAUCAAAUAUAGGAUCUGAAAUAUCACAAAUACUUGGUAUAAAAAGAACUAUAAAAGCUAAAUGAUGAUCAAUAACCUUUAUCACCAACUUUUGGUAAUGAUCAAACUCAAUAACAGAAAGUUCAGCCUGACUUUAAUGAGUUGGCUCUUAAGUAAAUAAAUGAAAAGAGCGUGAAGGAAGAAUAAUAAGAUGACAGAAUUUUUGAUUUUUACCCUCUUUAUAAUCAAACUUCGAGGCAAUUAGCACAGUCUAAAACUGAUGCAAAAUUUGAAAGCAUGAUAUAAUAGGAGCUGAACGAUGAAAAAGAUGUUGUUUAUUAAUCUUCUGCUGAUAAAUAGCUAGUAUUUGAUAUAGAACAGGUCAAAUUAAGUCUAAUUAAGAUGAAAUAAACAGAGGAAAAGGUUUACGAGGAACUUGAGAAGAAAAAAAUCAGGUAAAGAUCAUUAAAUCCUAAAGAUUAAUAAACUGGAUGCUAUUAAAAUGAAAAUGCUAACAACAAUGUUUCAUUAGACUAAAAUUCAAUAUUUAGAAAUAAUGAUGAAAGCACCAUUAAAAUUGCGGAAACAAUAUGUAGCACAGGAGUGAAAGAAGAAUUGCUAAAAAGUCUAAACCAACAAGAUAUGAAAAAUGUGUAGUAGAGAAUAAGUUUUAAUCCAGAUUAAACAACAGUAGCAUAAUUAUAAAAUAAUCAGAACUUAACUGAGCUUUAAGAUAUACUUUUAGUUAGUUCUAGCUCAUAAAAUGAAAGUCUACUAAGAAUUGAACACCCUCAACCACCCCCACCUAAGCCAAUCUCUUAGAAAUAUAUGAAAAUUAAUCCUAGAUAGAUGAGUAUGUAAAUUGAUUAGCAGAUUUCAAGCAACGGAAGACAGCCUGCUUAAAAUUAGAUACUUUAAAAGAGAUAGACUGGCAUUAUUGGAGGCAAGGCUUAGCAAAUAAAAUAAUCAAUAUCGAUGAAUAAUUCCAAAAAUAAUCAUAGUAACAGUCCUAAUCACACAUUCUCAGUGUUCUCAAAGAAUAAUUAACACUAAGUUCAAGGAAUAUUCCAGUUAAGAGUGUAACAAAGUAUCUUAGAUUCAAGCAAAGAUAACAAUGAAAAAACUUAACAAUCAAUUGUUUCUCCUAAUUUCAAUUCUUUGGCAAGCUAAAAGUCUUAAAAACCAGCCUUCAUUGGUAAUUAUAAUUCAUAAGGACAUGUAUAGGAUGAAUAGUCUCUACGAUCAAGUGAUUUAUCAAAUCCAACAAUAAGUGCUCAGAAAACUAUCAAAGAGCAACAAUAAAAAGAAAGUUAAAGGCAGUAAAACUAAAUAGCUCCAUAUAAAAAGUUAAGAACUAUGACUGAAAGCCAUAUAGCAGAUUAAAGCUUGAUAUCAAAAAAUAUUACACCUGGAUAAAAUAUGAUGCAAAUGGUAAGCAAUAGUUACAAAAAAUCGUAAGUUAUGAAUGUGAAUCAUAGAAAUUCUUUGAUUAAGCAGCCAGUCAAUAAUCGUAUUAGCUCUAACAAACCUCAGGAUCAGGUAAACUAAAAAGAAGCGCAAUAAAGCAAAUCAAAUCAGAAAUAGUCUUAGCAAUCGAGUAAAAUAAAACAAGCUAGAAACUUAUUUUCGCCUGAAUUAAAUAAUAGAUAGAGUAGCAAAUUCUGUAAUUUACUAGAUGAAAGGUCAAAAAGUAAAGGUAAAGUAUUAGCCUAAACUCAUAGAAGUCCAUUAAGGGAAGUUGCAUAAUAAAAAUAUUCAGUUAAAAAGGUGAAAAGUAUUAAAACUAUUACUGUUCAAAGUUCAAUUACUGAGAUCUAAGGAUUAAGCAGAAACAAUGAGUCAGUACUAAAUGGCAAUAGAUCAACAAUGACUAAGAGUGAAACUUCCCAUUAAUUUAUCUCUUCUAAAGUAAAUGAGAUCAAGAAGAAUAUUCACCUUAACCUCAGAAUACCAAACACGAUUUAAUAUGAUCCUUCAAAAUAGGCAGAGUUCCCUAGAACUGUAAAAGAAAAAUCAUUAUAAAAGUCAUCAGAGACCACUUCGUAAUAUACGAUUGAAAGCUAUAGAACUGGAGAAUCAAAAACGAGUAGGAAUAAGAACUCUCACAAUGUUGUCAAGAGUGCCUGGCUUAAAGAUUAUGAUUCGAAGCUGCAGCAGCUGAUAGUUACAUCACCUAGCAAAAAUCUUAAGAGCCGACUUUACUUCAAUUCUCCAAGGACAUGUUAAUUAAGAGUUUCUCCAGAUGGAAAACAAUUAUAUGAAGAAAAUGGUGAGAGUCUUGAAAGUGGUAACUAAUCUCUAGGGCGAGAUAUAAUCUCAAUAUGA